GCAAGCAAAUCAAUCGAUGUCUCGCAGUUAUUUGUAUUUCGAAUAUCGUAAAGCGAUGAUUAAUCUCGAGACUCAACAUUUUAAACUGAAUAGAAUUCUGUUACUCAUUAUUGGGUUGUGGCCUUUACAACAAUCGAAUUUAACGAGACUUCAAUUUAUUUUCUUGUCUACUAUUUUGACAACGAAUAUUACGUUUCAGCUUAUGGCAUUUGUUACAUUAAGAUGUACACCGGACCUCAUCGCUAAUGUUUUGUCUUCCACAUGUUUCUCUAGCACAUACGCAAUAAAAUACAACUUAUUUCAUUUUAACAUAGGAGCUAUGAAGGAUUUAUUAAUGCAACUUCAGAAUAUAUGUAACGGUUUAAAAGAUGAAAAUGAAAUUACUAUUAUGAAAAAAUAUAGUUGCAAUGCGGAACGUUACACGAUUGUACUGACAAUACUUACAGUUUGUAGCGUAUUUAUUCUUAUCGUCGGUUUUAUUGGAUCGAGUAUUUUCUAUAUGAUAUUACCCAUGAAUGUAACUCGAUCACGUCGCCUGCCGAUUACGAUAGAAUACUUUAUCGAUCAAGAAAAAUAUUAUUAUUUAAUUUUGUUACAUAUCAUCAUGGCGAUAUUGAUCGGAGCAAUUGCUAUGAUAGCAAUAGGAACAAUGCUUAUUGCAUAUUUUCAACAUACUUGUGGUAUGUUUAGAAUUUCUAGUUAUCGUAUUAAACGCGCAAUGUAUACCAAUACGCUAGGAAAUAUUAAAUGGAAGAAAGAGAAUUUAAUAUUAAAAGGAAUAAUUAGUGCCGUAGAUAUACAUCGGCAAGCUAUGAGAUUAUCCAGGCUUUUGGCAUCGAAAAUUGAGACAAUGUUAUAUUGUUUAAUAAUGCUGGGUGUGAUCUCUUUGAGUCUUAAUCUUUUUCGAAUUUUUCAGAUUACGUCAUCCGAAAAUGAUAUUAAGGAGUAUAUGUUUCCCCUUUUUACUACAAUUACCAGUAUCCUAUAUAUGUUUCUAGCUAAUUAUAUUGCGCAGGAUUUAACGGAUCACAAUAAUGAUAUCUUUGCUACUGUGUAUAAUGUUCAAUGGAAUGUAGCUCCGUUACACAUACAGAAAGUGAUACUAUUUUUGCUGCAAAGAGGCGCCAAAGAUUUUACUAUAAGCGUUGGAGGACUAUUUGUCGGAUCGUUGGAGUGUUUCGCCACGUUGGUGAAAACUUCAGUCUCUUAUUUUACUGUUAUAUAUUCAACGCAAUAAUGUAAGAUUAUAUCUUAGAGAUACCUAUUAGUCAUGAUACACAUACACUACACACAUCGCCAAAGGGAAACAAAUA